AUGCAUCAGCAUUUUCAAACUUCAAGCUUCGUUUACUCGCAACCCAUCCAUAUUCCGGCUGAUGACAUUUUGGAGUUGUUUGGUAAAACAUUUUUUGAAUUUUGCCAGGAUUCUGGAUACGAUAAAAUCUUGCAAGUGCUCGGUGCCACUCCACGAGAUUUUUUACAGAAUUUGGACGCUUUACAUGACCACCUCGGUACACUGUAUCCGGGUAUGCGAGCCCCAUCGUUUCGUUGCACGGAAGAGAGUGAUGGUUCCUUAAUUUUACAUUACUAUUCCGAUCGGCCGGGACUGGAACACAUUGUGAUAGGUAUCGUUAAGUCGGUUGCGUCAAAAUUGCAUGGUGUCGAAGUCGAAAUCAAAGUGGUCAAACGAAAAGGUGAACCGCUGAACGAUGAUGAAUCAACGAAUCCACCAACAACCGAAAUAAGCACACAGUCCGUGUCACAUGCCACAACGUCGACGAACGACACAGUGUGCCCCCAUCAACAGCAGCAGCAGCAGCAGCAGGAGCAGCAACCAAAAUCCAACGAUUCACACAAAAAAAAUGGAAAAGUAUUGAAUAAUUUAUCCGCAUGCGAAAAUUGCUGUACAAAAUCUAGUAGUAACACAAAUUUGAGCUGUAAAGAACCGAAACAUACGUCUAGAUAUGGACCGUUUGGGCCAUUUGUGAAAUGUAUAAAUAAUUUAGAAUCGAAAUAUUUAGGUGAAAAAUUAGCGCGUCAUCAUGGCAGUCUCGAAAGUUUGGAGCGUCCAAAAUGCGAAGCAAUCAUACCGCCACUGAAGCCACGAAAGAAAGAGAUCGAACUAUCUGAUCACAUUCAAUUCUUGAUAACGGAGAAAUCAGCGCCGCAAACAUCGAGUUUGGUUGACGUUUCCCGUGAGGCAAUCGAUGAAGGCGAUAUACUUUCUGAAGAGAGCUUAAUAUCGACCGAAACGUUCUGUAGAAUAUUUCCGUUUCAUGUGAUGUUUGAUAGACAUAUGCAAAUAGUUCAAGUUGGAAAAUCCGUUUCGAGAAUCAUUCCGAGGCUAACCGAAACGAACAGUCUGCUGAACGAUGUAUUGGAGGCGGUACGGCCACACGUGAACCUCACAUUUGAUAAUAUUUUAGCACACAUCAAUACGAUUUAUGUAUUAAAAACGAAAAGCGGUGCGUUAGCUGGACAAGGUUAUUUACGACUCAAGGGUCAAAUGCUUUACAUAGCCGAAACGGACCUGAUAUUAUUCCAAUGUUACCCGAGCGUUAUGAACUUAGACGACCUAACAAAGAAAGGAUUGUAUAUAUCUGAUGUCCCAAUACAUGAUGCGACCCGGGAUUUAGUACUGUUGUCUGAACAAUUCGAAGCCGGAUACAAAUUAACGAGAAAUUUAGAAGUGCUUACUGACAAAUUACAACAAACUUAUCGUGAACUGGAAAGUGAAAAACAAAAAACCGAUCGGCUGCUCUACUCCGUGCUUCCCAUCACCGUUGCUAACGAACUUAGACAUCAAAGGCCCGUCGCACCAAAACGGUAUGAUACGGUAACGCUGCUGUUUUCUGGUAUCGUUGGUUUUGCCCAGUACUGUGCAGCUAAUACAGACGCAGAAGGUGCUAUGAAAAUUGUGAAAAUGUUAAAUGAACUGUAUACAAUAUUCGAUGCAUUGUGUGACACAAAGCGAAUACCAAACAUCUACAAAGUCGAAACUGUAGGUGAUAAAUAUAUGGCGGUAUCAGGGCUACCCGAAGCAUGUGAAAACCAUGCCAAAUGGAUAGCAAAACUGGCCUUAGAUAUGAUGGACAUGGCAAAAUAUGUUCAAAUGGGUACCGAACCGGUGAAAAUCACGAUUGGUAUACAUUCGGGAGAAGUUGUGACAGGUGUUAUUGGAAAUCGAAUGCCACGGUAUUGUCUGUUCGGGAACACGGUGAAUUUGACAAGUCGAACGGAAACAACUGGCGCACCCGGUAGAAUUAACGUGAGCGAGGACACGUACAAAUUAUUGUGCAAUAGUGACAACUUUGAUGAGUCGUUUGACUUUGAAAGCCGCGGUCUGGUGACGAUGAAAGGUAAAGCCGAACCCAUGAAUUGCUGGUUCUUGAAUCGAUCCAAGAGUGACUACGUCAAUAUACCACAUCCGGAAGAUCUAUUGAGAUAAUCAAAAUGAAGCACUGCUCCAAAGCACCGAAACGAUUAGACAGCGGGGUGUAUGUGCUCUCCGAUCCAACACCAAAAGCCCCGCAGAACAAGUGAGCGCAAUCAAGGAAGAGAGAACGAGUUGUUUGUCAGUAAUAACACAAUGUGGCACCACACAAACAGAUACACAUUUUGAUAGAGAGAGAGAGAGAGAAAGAGAGAGAGAGAGAGAGAGAGAGAGAGAGAGAGAGAGAGAGAGAGUGAUGAUACAUUUGCAUCAUUUUAACUCGUUUUUAUUCACAUUGCCGUACGCAACGUGUAUUUAUGUAUAUGUAGAAAUAUUAU